ACAAAAACAAAGCUCAACGACUUCAUUAUAUUUUGGCCUUCAUUCCUUGCUAAGAAUUUUUACCUUUUUAAGUGCACCCGACUUUUAACAACAGCUGACUUAAGAGCAGGAAAAUUGAAAUUCAAAACGCUAAAUACCCGAAGAAGACAGACAUUUAAAGAAAUGCGCCUGUACUGUCUUAGCAACGACCUGGCCAAACCAUGCUACGUGGUCUCUUUCAAAGGCUUGCGAAUAAUGUUGGAUUGUGGACUUACAGAACAGACUGUGCUGAACUUCCUUCCUUUACCAUUUGUGCAAAGUGUGAAACUUUCAAAUUUGCCUAAUUUUAUUCCAAGGGAACAUGAUCCUCAAAUGGAUGGCGAACUGAAAGAAUGUUGUGGCCGCGUUUUUGUUGACUCGUCGCCAGAGUUCACUCUUCCGAUGGAUAAGAUGAUGGACUUUAGUGAAAUUGAUGUAAUUCUCAUUUCGAAUUAUCUCAAUAUGUUGGCAUUACCAUACAUCACUGAGCAUACGGGAUUUAAAGGGAAAGUGUAUGCAACAGAACCUACGCUCCAAAUAGGUAGAUUCUUUCUCGAGGAACUGGUAGAGUAUAUAGAAGUGGCACCAAAGGCAAGUACAGCUCAUCUUUGGAAGGAUAUGUUGAAUGUGUUGCCCUCACCUCUCAGUGAAGCCUUUCGUCCGAAAAAAUGGAGAACCAUAUUUAGUUUGAAAGAUGUUCACAGCAGUUUAGCCCGAGUAACAAUAAUGGGCUACGAUGAAAAACUGGACAUUCUAGGUGCUUUCAUCGCUACCCCGGUAAGCUCUGGCUAUUGUCUUGGGUCGAGUAACUGGGUUCUUAGCACGGCACACGAAAAAAUAUGCUAUGUCAGUGGUUCAUCGACUUUAACUACACAUCCGCGACCCAUAAACCAGUCGGCUCUAAAACAUGCAGAUGUGCUGAUUAUGACUGGGCUUACGCAAGCUCCAACUGUUAAUCCUGAUACCAAGUUAGGAGAAUUGUGCAUGAAUGUGGCACUUACGAUACGAAACAAUGGUUCUGCUCUCAUACCUUGCUACCCAUCUGGUGUGGUGUACGACCUGUUUGAAUGCCUUACGCAGAAUUUGGAAAAUGCUGGACUAAAUAACGUGCCUAUGUUCUUUAUAUCGCCCGUAGCCGAUAGUUCUUUGGCAUAUUCAAAUAUUUUAGCGGAAUGGUUAAGUUCUGCUAAGCAAAACAAAGUCUACCUGCCAGAUGAUCCCUUUCCACAUGCAUUUUACUUGCGUAAUUCAAAACUUAAACAUUACAAACAUGUUUUUUCUGAUGGAUUUAGCAAAGAUUUUAGACAGCCCUGCGUUGUUUUUUGUGGUCACCCAAGUCUGCGAUUUGGCGACGCUGUCCAUUUUAUAGAAAUGUGGGGAAACAAUCCUAAUAAUUCAAUUAUUUUUACAGAACCAGACUUUCCCUACCUACAAGUGUUGGCGCCAUUUCAACCACUUGCUAUGAAAGCAUUCUACUGCCCUAUAGACACCUCCCUUAACUAUCAGCAAGCCAAUAAGUUAAUUAAAGAAUUAAAGCCAAGUGUUUUGGUUAUUCCUGAAGCUUAUACCAAACCGCAUCCCAGUGCUCCCAAUCUUUUCAUUGAACAACCCGAUAAGAAAAUAAUUACGUUUAAAUGCGGCGACAUUAUCAGAUUACCAUUAAAGAGAAAACUUGAUCGGGUAUUUCUCACCUCAGAGAUGGCUCAAAAGAUUGUACCUCGCGAUGUUGGAAAUGGUGUUACAAUCUCUACAAUUACCGGAAUUCUGCAGGUAAAGGACAAGGUACACAACAUAAAGCCUUGCGCCGAAAUUACAAGUGAACAACCCAGCGGCAGCAAAAAACAACCGCCUCCAUCUCGGGAAGAUGUUCUAAAAAAUGUUAAGUACGAAUACGGAUCUUUGGAUGUGGACUCGCUCGUAAAACGCCUCAGUCAAGAUGGCAUAACAAAUAUUAAGAUGGAACGACAGGCCAAUGUGUUAACACUUCGUUUAGUUAAUGAGGAUACCACAAUCACUUUCGAGGACAAUGAAACACACAUAGUCUGUGGCGGCAAACAGUCACUACGCCUAAAGCUUAGAGAUUCUCUGCUAAAGUGUUUGCAGUCAUUUUAAUAUAUAUGAUAGGUGAUAAAAAUACAUUUUCCUUUUACUCAAACCA